AUGGGUACUUAUGACUUUUCGUCUAAAUCUGCAUUUAAAAAUCAAGUUGAACAUCUAGAUGAAAAAAAUGCUAAGGAAACUCUUAGGAUUUUAGUUGAUUUUCUGAAAACAGAAACUGACAAGACUCUGAGCAGGACUGGAAAAAAGUCAUUGACCUACGAACCUUUUCUGACUAACAUUUUAGAAUUAAGAGAAAAUUCCAAUUCACCUUAACAACAAGAAGAACCUGAUUAGUGCUACUAAUCCUAAGAGGCUCAUGCUGAAUUAAUCUUUUUCUACAAUUCACCAAAGGAAUUAUUAAGCCCUAAGAAUGGGGAGAUUGGUUUCAGAAACAAUAGAAAAAUGGUGAAUUCAUCAACAGAGAUGAGAAUCAGAUCUAUUAUUAAUGUAGCAAGCAUAGAGAAAAACUUUCUGAAAAACUAGUUCUAAAAAGAGGAAUUACUCGUGAGUAACUUUGAAGUUUAAACAAUUUUCUUAGAUUUCAAAGGACUCGGUAAGAAAAUUCAUCAGAAAUAUAUUUUAUAGACAAAAAAGCAACCAGCAGAAUCCCCUUAAAUGAAGCGAAGAAUGACUUUAAAAAGAUAGAAUACCAGGCCAUCUAAUAGUUUACUAGACUAAGCUAACAUUUAAUAGAUUGAACUAUAUCAAAAUAUUGCCGAGGAGACUGAAAAUCUAAAUGAAAUGCUGUCAAAUUUGUGCAGAGAAUCAUAGGCAAAGACUUAAAUUCUUAAGGAUAAAAUAUAAUUCUUAAAAGAUAAAUUAUCUGACGCCUUAAAACAAAGAACAGACUUCUAAAAGUUAUACACCGACGAAAUCUAAGAAUCACUGAGUUCUCAAAACCAAGAAGUAAGAAGACUCAGAAAUGAAAUUGACACUUAUGUUAAAAUGACUUUGGAAUACAAGGAGAGAUUAAAAGACGCUAAGACAAAUCUUGAUAGAUGCAAAAAACAAAUAGAAGGCUAUUAAUCUACUUAUCAAGAUAUUGACUUAGAUGCUCUUCAUGAGAGAAUGCAAUUCUUGCAAACAAAAAAUAUUAGUUUCUAGCAUAAAAUUGGCUUUUUAACUCAGCAGAUAAAUGGAUUUGCGAAGCAAGCUACUGGCAGAUAGAGUAUUCUUUUCAGAUAGAAUAAUCUUUACGAAAAGCUACUGGCAGGAAUGGACAACACCAUGCAGGAGUUUAAUGAUGAAGAUGAAGAUAACUAAUCUGAUGAUAAUGCUCAAGUCUUUUUGUAAAAUGAUGAACAAGAUACAACUAAUCUGCCGCCUGAAAAGCUUUAAGAGUUUGUUGCUGGAUAAAAGCUAUUAUCCUAAGCACUAGCAAAAAAAGGCCUAAACUUAAGCUAUGAAUUAAAGUUAAAUGGUAAAAAUAACAAACAAUUCAAAGAUCUAGAGAUGUAGAUAAUGUGA